AUGCCUCCUUCUGUACAUUGUCCGUCUACCCCAGCUUUUAGUACACGGAGCUUCCCGCUCAGAUCUCACGCUGCUGCAACAUCCCCUGUCGUAUCCCGGACCACAAGCACGCCGCCAGACAUGUGGCCAAAGAGCGGUAGUCAACAGAGCUGCCACGUUCCGGCAUGCAAAGUUCGAAGGGACCCUCACACCCGUGCUGUCGAACCCGCGAUCCAAGCUGUCAACGGCACCAGCCCCUAUAGCCAGGUAGAAAAUCCAUAUAGUGAGGAUGUUGAGACGAUAAGGGAGAGGGAGUAUCCGCAAAUGAGUAAUGGUGUAUACCUCGACCACAGCGGAGCGACCAUCUACGCGAGGUCCCUAAUAACCGCCUUCGCGGACAGGAUGAUGAACAACCUGUAUGGUAACCCACACUCGGCAAACGAGCCAGCCCGGAUAUCCGGAGAGAUGGUUGACGAGGUACGCGAGCGGACGCUGCGGUUUCUGGGCGCGGACCCGAAGCACUUCGACCUCGUCUUUGUGGCCAACGCCACGGCGGGUAUCAAACUCGUGGGCGACGCCUUCCGCGACCUCGCCGAAAAGACGUGGAGUGGUACCUUUUGGUACGGGUACCACAAGGACGCGCACACCAGCCUCGUCGGCGUGCGCGAGCUGGCCGGCGCCGAGGCCAGCUGCUUCAUGAGCGACGCCGAGGUUGAGCGCUGGCUCGGCGGAUCGAUGCCAGCAGACGACGGCUUCACAAACUGGCACCACCAUCGGCCAUACCAGGGGGGCGGGCGGAGGCGCACCGCAGGUGGCGGGUUGGGACUGUUCGCAUACCCCGGACAAUCCAACAUGACGGGCCGGCGGCUGUCGCUGGCGUGGCCUGGGAUACUGCGGCGAUCGCGGCCGCACGCAAACACUUACAGCUUGUUGGAUGCGGCGGCACUGGCAAUGACCAGUCCCAUGGCGGCCGUGUUUGCAGAACCAGAUGCGGCGCCCGACUUUACGGUCCUGUCGCUAUACAAAAUCUUUGGUUUUCCGGACCUUGGAGCGCUAGUUGUGCGGCGCGACUCGGGCCAUAUUCUGACGCUGCGCAAGUACUUUGGCGGCGGGACGGUGACCAUGGUGUCGGCGGUUGGUGGCCCCUGGCAUAGGAGCAAAGGGCGCGAAGCUGUCGCGUACUCAGGGGCCAACGACCAACAUCAACAUCAGUCUGAGCACGGGCGGUACCAGAUCCACGACGGGCUCGAAGACGGCACGUUGCCGUUCCACAGCAUCCUGGCGUUGGGGGAGGCGAUCGAAGUUCAUGCACGGUUAUACGGAAGCAUGGAAAACAUCUCGCGACACACUUCCAGACUCGUGGCCAGCCUGUACGGUGGCCUAGCGGGCUUGCGACACGCCAACGGCGGGCCAGUGGUCCAAGUUUAUGUCGAGGGUGCCGAUGGCGCGAGAACUUUCGGUGACUCCUCGAAGCAAGGACCGACGGUGGCGUUCAAUGUGCUGGAAGCGGAUGGUUCCAUCGUCCCAUACUCCCAGGUCGAGGAGCUAGCGAACCGGAAGGGCAUAUACAUCCGGUCUGGUGGCAUCUGCUGCCCUGGUGGCAUGUUCACAGCCCUAGAAUACGAGCCAUGGGAGCUAGAAAGAGCCCUCUCUGCCGGACACCACUGCGGCUCUGGCAGUCAUGAUCUCAUUAACCAGUUGCCCACUGGUGUCGUCCGUGCAAGCCUUGGCCCGAUGAGCACCGUGCGUGACGUUGACAUGUUCAUCGAGUUCAUGCGCGACACAUUUGCUACACCACGGUGGCAGCAGUCGCCAGUCCUGGAUAACAUACUAUUUCAACGCUAGCAGACGAAGCAAACGCUGCCUCCAGAAAACAUCAAAGACCGUGGCUGGUAUCCUGCGGUUCAAGUAUAGAGGCCAAGGAUAAUUGGCAAGCAGCAACCCCGGUUUCUCAUUUUCCUCUGCUCCUUUGACUGUUUGGGUAUUUUGUUGGGUACGCAUGGGGCAUACGAUUUACGGCGAAAUGACUUCGGGAGGCUAUCAAGUAGGGUGGAAUUGUUGGAAAAUGGUUAAAAUCUCGGUGAAGAGCCCCUGUCUUUUCGUAGGGCUCUUUUCCUUUGUCCGUACAUAUAGUGUAAGAUGAGGCGCAUACGCUAGUGCAGACCACCAGGUACAUACAGUGUAUAGCCUGUAAGCAUCUGAAGUCAGGAAACCUGGCGCUGGCUGCAAAUUGUACAUUUUUCGGCCUUGGUUAAUUCGGUCUGUCAUCACAAAUUAUGUCGCGAAUAGCUCUGAUUUCACGCCCAGAAUCUCUGAAUAUCGGCAGUCAAUCGAGCCUCGCCAAGACCCAUGUUAUCUUGCCCAUUGAUUGACGUAACGACGAUCAGGUUUAUCCGGGGUCUCAUUGAGGAAUUGUUGACUCAAGACAGAUAGCCGAACUGUAUAGGGAAAAGUUGUCGGAACGGUCAAAAUUGUUGUUGAAGUUUCCCAUAUAUGUCAGGCCCGGCAAAUUACUGUGGAAGGGGGCCCUGAAAUCAAAGGGACAAGAUAAGCAGAGGCUAAAUCUUUGAGGUGUCCAAAGGGACGUCAAAGAUGCUGGUAGCAUACUGAGGAGCGAAGCGCAGGCAUAGCGCUCAGGAUCCCUGAUGGGGUGGCCUGCGUCUUCAAUCCUUUUUCUCUCCAGCCUCACCCUGGCCAUUCUCCUUCUUGCUGUCCUCGGCAUCAAUGCCAAGUGACUGGAGCUCUCUGAUCAACUCGUUGAUCUUGAUGACCUUGGCGAUCUGCUCCGGUAGCAAGCUGCCACCACCCUCCUUCUUCUGCUCCAACUCCUUUGCCUGCUUGAGCUUCUUCUUCAGAUUUCGAAUCUUCUUCUCCUUCUCAACCUCGGGAUCCACAGCAUCCGCGACAGGCUUGGCGUCCCCAUUUGCGACGGCAGCGGCAGGCUCCUCCGUCUUGCCCGCCUCCUCCUCUGCGGCUUUGGCCUUUUUCCUCGCCUCGCGACGCUUUGCGUUCUUAAGACUGGCGGCCGAUGCGGCGGAAGAGGUUGCGUCUUUGCUCUCGUCGUCCUUGAGGCCCUCAGCGCCGGGGAUGCCGCCGCCCUUGCCUCGGUUGCGAAACGCCUCUGCGGUGCGGUUCUUGUACAGCUCCACGUCCUCGGGCGGGCGGUAUCCGGGUCGGAUCUUGAUGGCCUUGCGCGUGCUGCCGUCGGCGCGCGUCGACUCGGGGAUGUGCCGCUGGCCGCUGUCGUCGGUCACGAUUCCCGAGUUUGAGGUUUUGGCCGUGGUCGCCAUGGCUGACGGCGGGGGUGUGGUUGUGUCGGUCCCGAUCGAGGCUCGAUCUUUUUUCUCUUUUCUCUAUUUGACGUGGAAACAAAGAAGGAUCUGUAUCACAGCAUGGGAAUGAGAAAAGAAAUUUGCCGGCAGCACAAAUUCGACAAUAGUUCGGUCGACUUCAAGCGCAAAGUUGAAGAUGGU